AUGGAUGUUGUAAUUAUUCCUGCUCUGUCUGAUAAUUACAUGUAUUUGGUUAUUGACAAAGCUACAAAAACGUGUGCAGCUGUCGAUCCAGUCGAAGCUGACAAAGUUUUGCAUAUAGUCAAAACCGGUGGAUUCAAUAUUACAUCUAUACUAACAACUCAUCAUCAUUAUGACCACGCUGGUGGAAAUGUUGAUCUUGUUAAGAAAUGCAAAGAAGCAGGAUUUGGACCGCUGAAAGUGUACGGUGGUGAUGAUCGUAUUGGUGGUUUAACAGAUACUGUAUCCCAUGGUGACAAACUGAAAAUUGGCAAGAAACUCAAUGUUGAAUGUUUGGCUACACCGUGUCAUACUACUGGACAUAUUUGUUAUUAUAUUACUGAAGAAAAUAGCAUGCAAGACGGUGCUGUUUUUACCGGUGACACGUUAUUUCUUGGAGGAUGUGGCAGAUUCUUUGAAGGCACUGCAGAGCAAAUGUAUAAAGCACUCAUAGAUACACUAUCAAAGUUACCAACAGGAACAAAAAUUUAUUGUGGACACGAAUACACAAUGAAAAAUCUUGAAUUUGGUUUGACUGUGGAGCCUAGGAAUGAAGUACUUCAACAAAGACUGGCAGCUAUAAAACGUAUGCGUGUGUCAAAUCAACCGACUGUUCCUGGGACAAUCGGUGAGGAAAUGGCAACUAAUCCUUUCAUGCGUGUUUCCGAGCCUGAUAUUCUGGCACAUGCCAAAACUACAGAUCCUAUCAAAGCUAUGAAAACAAUACGUGAAGAAAAAGAUCGUUUUUAA